CAAAUUCAUUAAAUAUAUUUUUAUUUGCAUCUUUAUUUUUUAUUUGUAUCUAUGAAUUUUUAUAUUGUUUUUAUCAAUAUUUAUAAAUUAUGAUGAAAAAGUCACAAAAAUCUCGUGAUUUUGAAUUAGCUUAUGAAUUACAACAACAAGAUUAUUGUUUUGGAUUAACAGAAAAUGCAGUUUUACCAAAAAAUAAAGAUGAAGAAAAUUAUAAACCAAGAACUUUAAUUGAUCAAACUUUAGAGUUAAUUGAUCCAACACCUAAUAUUCAUACAUUGUUUAUGCAAUUUAAUGAACGUUUUUUCUGGAAUGUUUUACUUUCUGUAGAAGUUAAAUGGAGUCCUAGAAUGACAAGCUGUGCAGGUAUAUGCACUUUUCAUCCUCGAAAUCGACAAUGUAUAAUUUCACUUAGUGCACCAUUAUUAAAACUUAGACCCAGAAAAGAUCUAGUUGAAACUUUAUUGCAUGAAAUGAUUCAUGGCUAUUUGUUUCUGACAAAUAAUAAUCGUGACAGAGAUGGACAUGGUCCAGAAUUUUGCAAACAUAUGCACAGAAUAAAUAGAGUAGCUGGAACAAAAAUAACUAUAUACCACAAUUUUCAUGAUGAAGUUAAAUUAUAUCAACAACAUUGGUGGAGAUGUAAUGGUCCUUGUCAGAAGAGAGCUCCAUAUUUUGGAACAGUACGAAGGGCUAUGAAUCGUGCACCAGGUCCAACUGAUUUUUGGUGGAAAGAACAUCAACAAAUUUGUGGCGGUCAAUUUAUUAAAAUUAAAGAACCAGAAAAUUUUAAAGCAAAAUCUUCAAGCAAUAAACAAAAGAUAAAGUCUAAAAAUGAUAACUUAUCAAAUAAUAUGUUUAAUUGGCUUUCAAAAAGUUCUCCAUCUACAAAACCAUUAUCUACAUCUAUUCCUAAGAAUAUUAAAUCAAAUAAUCAUAUAAAUAAUCAAAAUUAUACAAAUGAAUUUCAAAAACUUGGAAAUACUACAAAUAAUGUUCAUGGUUGGGGUAUAGGAGGUCCAAAGAGUUCAAGUAAUUCACAAAAACAUAGUCCUAGUACUAAUAAAAUUUCUAAUACACCUAAAUUUUCAUCUUUUGGAGUGGUUGGUGGUUCUAAUACAGGACGAAGUAAUUUAUUGAAUAAAUUAUAUAAUAUUGAUCAUAAUAAAGAUAUGAAUAAAAAUACUGCAUUAAAACAGACAAUAAAUUCACCAAUUAAUACCAUAAGAAUUGAAAAAUCUAUUGCAAAUACUCAAUCAUUAAAUGAAAUACGAAAACUUGUAAAAUGUCCAAUAUGCAAUCAUUUUAUAUUAAAUGAUAAAAUAAAUGAACAUAUAGAUUUUUGUCUAAUAACAAAAAAUACAAAAAGAAAUAAAAAUGAUAAAAAAAUUACAAUAAAGAAUUAUGAUAAUGAUAAUUUUAUAAAAUCUGAAAUAAAAUCAAAUAAUUCUUCAUUUGCACAAAAAAGAAAAGAUAAUUCAAUUAUAUUUUCAAAUAAACAAUCAAAAUUAGAUGAAAUACAAAAUUUUAAAAAAACAAAUUGUCCUAUUUGUACCAAGAGUUUUGAUUUUAUAAAUAUAAAUGAACAUAUUGAUAAGUGUUUAAAAACAGAUAAACAAAAUAAUAAUUUAAUUAUAUUAGAUGAUAUUGAAAGUAAUAGAAAUGUAAAUGAAAGUAUAAUUUCUAUUAGUAGUACAUCUAGUGAUGAUUUAUCAAUUAUUGAAAAUGUUGAUCAUAAUACAAAAUUUAAAGAAAAUGUAGCUGAUAUUAUGUCACAUAAUUGUUUAGUUUGUAAUGAAUUUAUUCCUAUUGGAGUAUCUUUAAGUGAUCAUUUAGAAGAUUGUAUUGGAAAUGUAUUUAAUGAUGAUUCAUUUUUAGUUGAUUAUGAUAAUAACGAAGCAUCAAAUGUAAUUUCAGAAAUAUCAAUUGAACAAUCUAAAUAUCCUUGUCCUGUUUGUAUGCAAUUAAUAAUAGAAUCUCAAAUGAAUCAACAUUUAGAUGUAUGUCUUACAAUUGCGUGAAUAAAAUAAGUUCUAUAUUAAGUAAUAAAAAUAAAAUAAUAAUAUAUUGAGAUAUAAU